UACGGUCAGACCUCAUUCCAACUCGAACCGCGUUCGUGUAUUUAAACGGUAUAAAUACUUUAAAGUAAAAUAUUUCCGUUCAGUAUGGCUAAUAGUGUUGUUGACGAUAAAAAGUUAAAAAGUGACGAAGAAGCGAUGAAACCCUUAAACAACGAUUAUGUUCCGUUAAAUGAUUUGAAUGAUCCUAUUAAUUCAUAUUCUGCUCAUGAAAUUAUUCAUGGAAGCCAAGAUGAUAUUGACCACGGAAACACAACUAAUGGACAUGAUUCACAUGAUCCAAGAGUGGAUAUAAUUUUUAACAGAGCUGGAGAAGGUGAAGAUGAAAGACCAAAUGGAACAUCUUUAAACGUAACCAACGGCGAUUUUAAUCGACCCUUUGAUAUCCGAUCAGAAUUUGGAGGAAUCGCCGGAAGUGAAUCUAUCCCAGACGUUAACAUUUAUCAACAUAAAAAAACUGUUGCACAAGGAAUGAUGGAUUUAGCCUUAUUUUCUGCGAAUGCUAAUCAACUUAGAUACGUCGUCGAAAGUCAGGACCAUCCUUAUUUUUAUCCUGGAAUCAUUUUGAUCACUAUCAGUUUGCUUUUCCAAGUUGCGGUGGGAGUCGGUCUUCUUUUAAACACACGAUACAAUGUUAAAGAUAAAAAAGAAAUUUGCAUUGCAAAUAAAAUCAGCAAUUUCACAAUAGUUGGCAUUUUCUUGGUUACCGUUAUCAACGUUUUCAUCUCCGCUUUUGGUGUAGCAUCUGGGGGAUCCCCAGCACCCGUUCCAUUACUACCAAGAAGCGGUGGAGAGGAAGAUACAACUUUACUUUAAGUUAAUCUCAAAAUUUAAAAUAAGUUCCAGAAUAUUAAUUUAUCAAAAAAAAAAAAAAAAAUAGUAAUAACGCGUUUCUAAUUGACAAUUACCAACUGUGAUAUUUGUUUUUAAAUUUUAGAUUACAAUGUUGCAAUUAUCUUUUUUAUGUAAUUUUUUAUAUUGUAUCAAUAAACACUCUGCUUAUCUGAA